UGCAGUGCGGCGCGCAGAGCAGUGCGCAACCGGCAUACGGCUGCAGGACAUUGCUGCAAAUUAUAGAUACAUCGAUAUCAGUACGAGUGCAAUCGCUUUCGCGACUCGAUUGCACAGCGCAGCACUGGUGCAGCGGAGCACACCUGAAGCGAGCGCAUUGCGCAGCGCGGUUCGGACAGCAUGGCUCCAGCCAACAUCUUCCUAGCGCUCCUGGACAGCGCAUCGAUCGCCCACGACGUCGCCAAGCUCGAAGCGCUCAAAGCGAAUGCGAAAACAGAAGACGUGCGAGCGCCAUCGUCCAGUGCUGGCGAAGAAUGGCGCCACGCGAUCCCUUAUGGUGCACAGACGGCGCCCGAACCAGAACCAGAGGCGCCACCACCACCACCCCCCACGGAGACGGUGGGCGCCGGCUGGCUCCUCGAGCGGUGCCGCGCCUUGGAUUCCGCGGUCGGCGCGGCGGAGCUCGCGUGCGGCUGCGUCGACGCGGCGAAAAGAGAUGAUGCCUCGAUGCAGCAGGCGCUCAUGGAGUUGCUGGGGUUUGGUGAUAAAGCUUUGGCAUUGAUGGGCGAGCUGUGUGCAAAGAAGGCCGCGGUUGCUGCUGUCGAUGCGCGGGACAUCCGGGCCAUCGCGACCGCGUCUGGCGUCGCGGCCUGCGUGGAAAUCAACCAGUGAGUUACGGGGACGCCCGACAUUUUGAUUUCACACAGGUCGCGGGACCACCACCUCCACAGCAACAGCAGUUCAGGGGCGGCGCCGUGCGCAGUGCUCCUAAGAAGCAGUCCCAGCGGCGCCAGAAGCAAUUACGGAAGCAACGACGGGAGGCCGAGGCCAAAGGUAUCGACGAGGGCGCCGACUACCUGGCUGCUCUAGGCUUCGACGAGCACUACCUCGCGCAGGAGCGCGCGCUAGGUCUAUCACAACCGCCGCAGAAGAAGCACGCGGCGUUUCUGGACGAAGCCCAACGAGAAUAUAGGGCUGAAAGAGCAGGCUUACCGUCGGGCGCGGAAAAAUUCUACGGCGACGGCUACGAGGAGGUCGAGAUCCCGCCGCCGCGGGCGCUGCCGCCACCUAUCGAAGGAGAGUUGUUGCGCGUCGAUUCUGCCUUGCCGGCGUGGGCGCGGCGCUGCUUCCGGGGCACGCAGACGCUGAAUCGGUUGCAGUCGGCCGUCUACCCCUGUGCGUUCUCGUCGCGGAAGAACAUGCUCGUCUGCGCGCCGACGGGUGCUGGUAAAACCAACGUCGCUCUACUGACGGUGCUGGAGCUCGUCGCGAGCCGUGUGGAAUUUUGCUGCGCUUCCGCCCACGGUUAAUCAUGACCAGCACGCCAUCGACGCGACGCCUGCUCGACAGCGUGGCGGGAGCACCCGACUCACUGAUUGUCCACGCAGGUCGCGCGGGUCCGCGCAUCUCAUGAAGACGACUUCCUCGCCCAACUCGCGAACCACAAAGCUGUGUAUGUUGCCCCCCUGAAAGCGCUAGCGCAAGAGGUCGUCUCCAAGUUCUCCGAGCGGCUCGGAAAUCUAGGAAUUCAAGUGAGGGAACUCACAGGCGACGUCCAGCUCACAAGACGAGAAGCGGACGCCGCCCAUAUACUAGUUGUGACGCCCGAAAAGUGGGACGUCGUGACGAGGAAGCAAGGGGGAGGUUCGGGAGACGCCAUGGGCUCGUUGGCCUCGCGCUGCCGACUGCUGAUUGUCGACGAGAUCCAUUUGUUGGCCGAGGAGCGGGGUGCCGUGCUGGAGUGCGUCGUGGCGAGAACGACGCGAUUGGUCGAAUCGACGCAGUCCCAAAUACGACUCGUGGGUCUCUCAGCCACUCUACCCAAUUACGAGGAUGUGGGACAGUUCUUAGGCUGUUCCGACGAUAGCGUCUUCUUCUUCGGUCCCGAAUACCGGCCCGUGCCGCUGAAACAGACGUUUGUGGGCGUGACGGCCGUGAAGAACCACGAGCGGCGCAUGAAGCUCGACGAGCUGGCGUAUGAUGUUGCUCUGUCCGCUGUUAACCGUGGUCACCAGGUCAUGGUCUUUGUGCAUUCUCGAAAAGAAACGCUGAAGACAGCUCGGAACUUGCGGGAUCGGGCCGCGCGGAACGACGCCUCAUUUGCCAAUACGGAGGGCGACCCCUUGAAGCCCUUUCGAUCGCAGUUAAAAUCUUGUAGACAUCGCGAACUGGCGGAAGUCGUGGAGUCGGGUUUUGCUCUCCAUCACGCGGGCAUGAGUCGUAGUGACAGAGGCCUCUCGGAGCGGUUAUUCGCGGCGGGAGCAGUCAGGGUAUUAUGUUGUACGGCAACGCUCGCCUGGGGCGUCAAUUUACCCGCACAUGCGGUCAUAUGUAAGGGUACGGACGUCUAUGACCCCCAACGGGGCGGCAACGUGGACCUGUCGAUGUUAGAUGUACUGCAGAUUUUUGGGAGGGCCGGACGACCGCAGUUCGACGACUUCGGCGAGGCUACACUGUUAACUUCGUCCAAAGCGCUACCGGACUACUUACGUAAAUUAGCGCGAGCGGCGCCGAUCGAGAGUUGCUUGGUGCCUCGCUUGGCCGACGCCGUGAACGCGGAAGUCGCUGCCGGCACGGUCGCUUCCAUCAAAGACGCGGACAGAUGGUUAGAUCACACUUUUUUAGCGGUAAGACUACGUCGAAACCCAUUAGCGUACGGCUGCUCGUACGACCAGGCCCAAGAGGACCCAAGGAUGGGGCGAUAUAGGGAUACUUUACUACGUCAAGCUGCUCGAAAGUUGGACGAGGCGCGCAUGUGUAGAUAUGAUAAGCGUUCAGGCGCCUUAGCCGGGACCGACGUUGGUCGAGUAGGUUCGCACUACUACCUGCGACAUGAAAGUAUCAGGGAGUUCAAUGAGACGUUGAGGCAGCACGCCUCCGACGCCGACAUACUUGUAGUGGUCUGUGGCGCCCAUGAGUUCGAACAGCUGAAACCGCGCAACGAAGAAAUGGCCGAGCUCGAUCGACUUAGAAGUAGUGAGGCGUGCUGCCCGCUCCGCUCGGAAAAACUGCGAGCCAUCCAGGACGAGCCCGCGGGCAAGGCCGCCACGUUACUCCAAGCGCAUAUUUCGAGGGCGCCCUUCGCCGCGUUUACUUUAGCCUCAGAUGCGACUUACGUCGCGAAAAAUGCAGCUAGGGUCUGUCGCGCUUUAUUUGAAAUGGCUCUACGAGCCCAUUGGCCGUCAUUAGCUGAGCGGUUGUUGGCUUUAGCGAAGGCUGUGGAGCGAAGGUUGUGGUGGUUCCAGCACCCGAUUCGGCAAAUUGCGGAUUUGGAGCCGAAUCAGAACGUGCGAAGGCAGCGCUUCCCGGAAGAUGCCCUCAGGCAGCUCGAGGCGCAACGGUUGUCUCCUGAUAGGAUCUUGAACGAUAUCGAUGAUGUUGCUGAGAUCGGGGCACUGGUACGUAAUAGUAGGGCGGCGCCGUUCCUGGUGCGGGCUUGUAGAAGUUUGCCCGCCGUUACGUUAGAGUGCUCGUUAAAGCCGAUCACGCGGUCCGUGCUGCGCGUAUCAUUAACACUGACGCCGCUGUACGACUGGGCCGCGCGGGUCCACGGAUUGGGGCCGGAGCCGCGCGUAUGCAGCGUCCUUCUUUUGAGGCCGUCGUCGUGAUCAUCUCCCAACGCAGGUGGUGGGUCUGGGUCGAGGACGCCGCCGAGGAGCGCAUCCACCAUUGUGAAUUGGCCUUGUUCCCCGUCGACCGGCGGCGCAAAACGCUCGAUGCUAUCGUGCUCAGCUUCACGAUGGCCGUGCGAGAUCCCCUGCCGCCCCAGUUCUACGUCCGAGCUAUAAGUGAUCGCUGGUCCGCCUGCUCGCAUUUACUGGAGUUGUCCACGAAUACGUUGGAAUUACCUCCACCGGCUCCACCACCGACGGAAUUGCUCCCAUUACGGCCGUUACCCAUCGAAGCCUUGCAGGACGACCGCUUCCAGCAGUUCUAUGGGUAUUCCCACUUCAACCCCGUCCAGACGCAAGUGUUUCAUGCGUUGUUUCGGACGGACGGAAAUGUAUUGGUAGGGGCUCCUACUGGAAGCGGAAAAACCUGUUUAGCAGAGUUGGCGAUCUUCCGAUUGCUCCGAAGGAGAGGUGACGAGAAGCUGAAGGCCGUGUACGUGGCUCCAUUGAAGGCAUUAGCUAGGGAAAGGGUCCGAGACUGGACGCCGAAGUUCCGAGCUAUUGGUCUCUCGGUGGAAGAAUUGACGGGCGAUUCCGCACCGGAUCAAAGAGCUCUGAAGAAGGCUGAUGUGUUAAUAACAACGCCCGAGAAGUGGGACGGCGUCACGCGCCAGUUCCAACGGAGAGACUACGCGAGACAUGCCGCUCUGAUGAUCCUGGACGAGGUCCACCUGCUCGGGGAAGAUCGCGGGCCUGUUUUGGAAGCGUUGGUUUCUAGAGCUAGAUAUACAUCUACCACAAGGGUGGUGGCUUUAUCAACAGCGUUGGCGAACGCCCACGACCUCGGUACCUGGCUCGGCUGUGCUUGCCUGCGUGGAAAUCCACCUCCACGCCAUCGAGCCGACGCAGCUACGGAGACGACAUCGCGUCGACGGCGUGGGGCGCCCGAAAUUUGAUGUCCACGUAGGUUCUCGCGAGCACGUUUUUAAUUUCCGCGCGUCGGUGCGGCCCGUCGCCAUGGAGGCGCACAUCCAGGGCUUCACGGGCAAGCACUACUGCCCGCGCAUGGCGACGAUGAACAAGCCGUGUUACGCCGCUUUGCGCGAGCACGCGUUGCGACCUGUGUGGAAAUCAAAUGUCGCGGCGCAUCUCACGCCAUCGACGCGACGCCUGCUCGACGGCGUGGCGGUGUCAAUUCCUCACCGCUCGACGCACGCGACACACUGGUUGAUUUCCACACAGGUCGGGCCGGCCCGCUCUCAUUUUUGUGGCGUCGAGAAGACAAACUAGGCUGACCGCGCUGGACUUAAUAGCGCUCGCGGCGUCUGAUGAUGACACCCAGUCCUGGGUCGGUACUGACGACGAUCUGGAUUCCAUAGCGAAAACGUGCCACGACCCCGCACUGAGGCACUGCCUCCCUUUUGGCGUCGGCGUGCACCACGGCGGCCUGGACGAGGCCGACCGUAAAAUAGUGGAGAACUUGUUUGAGAGGGGCGCGAUCCAAGUUUUAGUGUGUACUUCCACACUAGCCUGGGGCGUGAACUUUCCCGCAAGAUUAGUUAUAGUGAAAGGCACGGAGUUUUUUGACGGGAAGCUCGGUCGGUACGUGGACUUUCCGGUGACGGACGUGUUGCAGAUGAUGGGACGAGCGGGAAGACCCCAAUUUGAUAGUGUUGGUGUGGCUUGUAUAUUUGUCCACCAGCCGAAGAAGGAAUUUUACAAAAAGUUCCUGUACGAACCUUUUCCGGUGGAAAGUAGAUUGCUAUCCUCGUUACAUAACUUCGUGUGUGCCGAGGUUUGUUUAUGUGGUAGAAUCAAGUCAAUUAAUGACUGCGUGGCGUGGCUCAAGUGGACUUACUUGUAUAGACGCUUACGGAGGAACCCGUCGUUCUACGAAUGUGAAGGUAGCGAUGAUAAAACUAUCUCCACAUUUUUGGAGACGCUCUCUCGUAAAGUAUUGAUUGAUUUGGAUGAAGCCGGCGUCGUCGAGUUGGACGGGGAUGACGUAUCCUCGGCUACAUUGGGUAGCGUCGCGGCCUACUACUACUUAGAUUAUAGGACGACGUCCGAAGCUUCUAUAAACGUAGAUGACUUCGAGGCCGAGGUCUUGGACGCUACGCAACGCCGUAGAGAAGCGUUGGCCGUGGCGUUUUUGUGUUCCGCAAGGGAGUUCGACGAGCUGCCCGUGCGCCACAACGAGGACAUUGAGAACUCUGACUUAGCGUCGCAGCUCCUCGAUGAUGAUGCUGAGACUAUCCAGGGGUUACUCGAGCUCGGCUACGACUCGCCCCACGCCAAGGCCCAGUUGUUAAUCCAUGCGAAACUAAGGGAUGGCAAGUUGCCGAUCGCCGACUACGCGACGGACCAGAGGAGCGUCCUCGAGCAGGCGCCGCGCGUGCUGGCGGCCCUGAUCGACGUCGCGGCCGACGCCGGUUGUGUAAAUGCGACGCUCGCGCUGCUCGAGCUCUCGCAGGCGAUACGGUCCAAGUGCUCGCGCGAGGCGCUGCCGCGCGGCCGGACGAAGCUGACCGCUAAAACGGUAGCGGACGUGGGGGCCGGAGGCGAGUUCUCCGUCGAGGUGACGCUGGGGAGCAACGGCCGCGGCGCGCGCGCCUUCUACCUCGUCCUGAGCGACGACGAGGAGCUGGUGGCUCUGAAAAAGGUCGUCGUGGGCGGCGCGACGUGCGAGGCCUCGUUGGCCGUCGAGGCGCCCGACGAGGCGUGCGAGUGGCGCCUCGUGCUGCGCGCGGUCUACGAGGGCGCGCGGGGCUUCGACGCGGCCGUGGAGCUGCCGCCGAUCACCGUCGUGGGCAAGGCGUUGGACGCGGGGGCGGCGGAGUUCGUCAUGCCUGGCUCCUAGUGUUGUGUGUAAGAGUGCUGUUUAUCCGAA